CUGAACUCCGGGACCUGAGCAAAAACUCCGCGCAGUCAAAGCCUCCCCAGCACCCCGGGACAUGUCCCCAGGCACCCCCCGCUGAAGCGUCUGCCUCCUCCGAGGGGGGAUCUCACUGCUGCCGAGCAGCAACUCCUCGAUCCCAGUGCGACCGUGUCUGAUCUGAAGGGAUAUUCUCUUUCCCCACUCCUCCUCACCCGCUUAUGCCAACUUCACUGGGAACCUCAGUGUGCUGAAUCAUCGCUGCCCCCUGCACCCAGUCUCGGUGCCAUCAUGGCUUUGGAAACAGAGCAAAAAGUAGGCAAGCUGACCUUCGGAUUCCAGCGCAGCUCGACGUCAGACGACGACUCUGGCUGCGUCUUGGAAGAAUAUGCAUGGGUCCCACCAGGUCUGAAGCCGGAACAGGUUCAGCUGUACUUCUCAUGCCUGCCAGAGGAGAAGGUCCCUUAUGUUAACAGCCCUGGAGAGAAGCACAGAAUCAAGCAGCUGCUGUACCAGCUUCCACCUCACGAUAACGAGAUGCGCUACUGCCAGUCACUGAGCGAGGAGGAGCAGAGGGAGCUGCAGAUGUUUAGUGCGCAGAGGAAGAAAGAGGCUCUGGGACGAGGAACCAUCAAACAACUGCCCAGGGCGUUGAUGCACACAGUCUGUGAUCAGUGCAAGGAGAAGAUAAACGGCGGUGAGAUUGCAAUAUUCGUCUCCAGGGCGGGCUCCACGGUCUGCUGGCACCCGGCAUGCUUCAUCUGUUCCACCUGCCAGGAGCUGCUCGUUGACCUCAUCUACUUCUACCAAGGUGGCAAAAUCCACUGUGGGCGUCACCAUGCCGAGCUCAUGAAGCCCCGGUGUUCAGCCUGUGACGAGGUGAGAUAUUAUUUUUGCGAUGAAUGCACAGAGGCUGAGGGUCGUCACUGGCACAUGAAGCACUUCUGCUGUUUCGAGUGUGAAACCAUCCUGGGGGGACAGAGGUACAUUAUGAAGGACGGUCGCCCGUUCUGCUGUGGCUGCUAUGAGAGUCUGUACGCAGAGUAUUGUGAAGCCUGCGGGAACCAUAUCGGUGUCGAUCACGCGCAGAUGACCUAUGAUGGGCAACACUGGCACGCCGUCGACAAGUGCUUCUGCUGCGCCCAGUGCAGGACGCCGCUCCUGGGGUGUCCCUUCCUGCCAAAGCAGGGCCAGAUCUUCUGCUCGAAGGCCUGCAGCCUGGGCGAAGACGUCCACGCUUCCGACUCCUCCGAUUCCGCCUUCCAGUCCGCGCGGUCGAGGGAGUCCCGGAGGAGCGUCCGGAUGGGGAAGAGCAGCAAAUCGGCGGAUCAGUGCCGGCAGUCGCUGCUCCUGUCCCCCGCCGCCAACUACAAGUGCCCCGACUUGUCCGGCAGGGGCAGCGACCCUCUCCGGCAGAUGGAUGCCCUCAGCCUCACCAGGCAAGCAGCGCGGCUCGGCAGUGAGCACUUCUGGAAAGGCCGGGCAGAGGCGGAGGUGGAGCAGCCGGAGGAGCACGAGGACUGGGCAGAGCAUGACGACUACAUGACGCAGCUGCUGCUGAAGUUUGGCGACCGGGGGCUUGUCCAGGGGCCCGACGAGGACGCCAAGCGGUGCGAGCACUGGAUGCCCGUGGCGAGGCCAAGGGUCAGGCUGGAGCUCGGCGGCCACAGCGCUCAGGGGUUGGGGAGCAAGAAGUAUGGAUCCAGCACGUCCUGGGAGCAGUCCCAGGACAAUCUGGGCGAUUCCGCCUACGGGAGCCACCCGGGUCCUGCCAGCAGUCGGAAGAUUCAGGAGCUGGAGACGGAAACAUGGCACGGGGCUUUAAGCCACGGCGAGAGCCCCUGGUAUGAGGACUCCCUGGAAUGCCUGACCGGCGAACUGAAGCCAGCCGAGCAAAGUGUCUGCGAUUCUGUGGACUCACUGGCCCUGUCCAACAUCACAGGAGCCUCUGUGGAAGGGGACGGCCAGCAGAGAUCACCCGUGUUUGCUCUGCAAGACUUCCAAGAAAUGGAGAGCUGUGAAAAAAUGAGCAACAUGGGGACGAUCAACUCCUCGAUGCACCACUGCAGCAUGGAGUCUCAAGAGCUGACAUCGGAGCUCUGCCAGGCGCCGGCACCAGAGGAGAAACCAAAACCUCUCUACCCCAUGCUGAGAAGGUCCAAGUCACAGACGAGGCCACAGCAAGUGAAGUUUUCUGAUGACGUCAUUGACAAUGGGAACUACGAGGAGAUCGAGGUCCGCCAACCUCCGAUGAGCGAGAGAACGCGGCGCCGGGCGUACGACUUUGAUGGGCACAGUCACCGGCACCGCCACCGCUGGCGCAGGAGCAGAAAAUCCCGUUCUGACAACGCUCUCCACCUGGCCACGGAAAGGAGGUGCCCAAGGGAAAGACUCCAUCUCCAGUCUCCUGAAGACUGUGACAAAUUAGUCCAGGCCAAAGCCUCACGCGAUAGGCUAGCGUACCUUCAGAACCAAGAAAUGUACGGCCAAUACAGCCAUCAUCCAGACUAUGCGCUCAACCAAGCAGUAGAUAAAUUCCUUGGCUUGUACGCCGAUGAUGGCGCUUCCUGGUGCUCAACAUGUUCCUCUUCCUCCUCUUCGGAAGAAGAAGGUUAUUUCCUUGGUCAACAUCCACAGCCCAGAGCCCAAAGGUACCAGCUUUACACCGAUGACCUUGCAGGAGCACCCUCUGUGGUGCCGGCUUCCUCCAUGGGACCACAGAUUACCAGAGCCAAAAAGAAAAAGGCACAUAAAGGGAAAAAUUGUAUAAUUUCCUAGACCGGAGCCAGCAGCGACCAAAUUUGCAAGGAACGUGUCUGGAAUCUGGGUCCAGGUGUUACUAAAGCAACCUGUGGGAUUGUUGGUAGUGGGAAUUCUGCAUCCACUUGAAAUCCAGAAUGGACACGUGUGGAGGAACUUUUUGUGUGGCAGGACCUUGUAUGUCACGGUCCAGCCUCCCCAUCCUCAAACCAUUCCAGGACAACACCGAUCUUUAUGCUGGAUUUACACUUCCAGGAAGCUUAGACAUUUAAACAAAAUGUUUUUUAACGUUGUUAUCUUCUGAUGAGUUAAACGUGUUUCAUGUUAUUAUGGUAUUAAAUGUUCACUUACAUUGAAGUAUUUGCAAUGAAUUUGUAAAGCGAAAGAGGUGAAUAGCGAAUGGGAUGAAGAAAAUUGUGUGGAGUGAAUCUGCUGCCCCUCCCCAUCCCUUCAAUUCCACAUUAGAGGCAUUAGAGGGGCUGCAAUCUGUAAUUUCAAAGGAAAAUGUUGGUAUUUAUAAUGUAGCAUUUAACAACUAAAGUUAAUCAUAAUUUAACAGUGCAAAUAAUGUAAAUAUUGUAAAGUCCAGAUUAAGAAACUGAUAUUUUUAUAUAUCGCCGAAUUACAGAAAACAUUUAUGUUUGGUUGUAUGAACUAGAUGUAAUGAAGUGAUUGGCAGCAUCAGAUCCACUCCCUUUUGUUAAGCAGUGUUCACCAUUUUGUUAGGAUGUAUUGUGUUUAAUGCUUCUACAUAACUGCUUCUCUCUCUUUAGUUAAAUUCUCGCUGAGUUCCUUUGUGUGCAGUAGCAUCGACUAUUCCCAAUUCCAGAAGUGCACCUGAGAUAUUUGCUAUGUUACCAGAGCCUAUUGUGAAUCAGAUAGUGUAAAGAGGUAUUAAAGUCAUGUAUAAAUGUAUAGACUGGAACAUGUGGAUGA